GUUUUCAUUCUAUGAUAUUAUUAUCUCACAUUCGCAAAUAACUGUUUUUGAAUUUAAAUAUUAAAUUAUUAACUUUUUGAUGUUACAAUUUUGCAAUUUUUUCGCCAUUUUUAUUGUUAUGUCAAUAAAAUGUGAAAUAUUAAAAAAUAAAUUUAUAAAUUAACCAUUUUGCAUAAAUAAUUUGUUUUAGUAGUACAACAUACUUGCAAGUAAGCUGAGUGGAAAAUAUUAUUUUAAUAUAAAGAUGGAAAAGGAAUCUUCUGCAUCAAUGGAGGAAAAGAAUUUUAUUGCCGAAAAAUCAAAAAGCAACAGAGCAAAAUGUAAAAAAUGUAAAGAAAUAUUAAAUCAAGGGUCUUUACGAAUUGCAAAAAUUAUGCCGAACCCGUUUGGUGAUGGUAAAAUGAUGGCCUGGCAUCAUCCCCAAUGUUUAGUCUCUGUUUUUGCUAAGCAGAGAGCUUCAACAGCCAAAAUUACGUGUGUUGAUGAUAUCGGUGGUUGGAAUUCUCUAUCGAUGGAACAUCAGAAUGAAAUAUUCACAGUAUUUCCAAAUAUCCCCAAAGAGAAAAUAAAAACCGUUGACGAUCCACUUCCACAGGAUACGCCAGGCAAAAAAAAAGCUAAAACUAAAAUAACAACACUAUCAUCACCAACGGUUGCACCGAAACAAAUAUUCUAUUUUAAAGACUUUCGAAAACUGUGCAUGAAACUUUCUCAAGAAAAUAGUUAUACACAAAAAACCGCUAUUGUAAAAGAAUUUUUCGAUUCUUUUUUAGCCAAAGAAAAUUCCGUUAAAUCGCGAGUAGAAAGUCUAUACUUGUGGUGUAAAUUGUUACUACCAAAUUCAGAAAAACGAAUAUAUAAUUUACAAUCAAAGCAACUGAUCAAAUUAUUUUCUCAAAUGUUUUCUCACAACACCACGUUAAUGCUGGAGGACUUGGAGAAGGGCGAUGUCGCUGAAACUAUACGAAUAUUUUUUGAAAAAAGUAACAAUGCUGAUGUUAGACCUGCUUUAAAAGCUACGCUAACAUUGGUUGACGUUGAUAGUUUUUUAGAUAAAUUAUCAGCCGAAACUACAGAAAAUGGCCAAAAAGAACUAUUCAAAUCGAUUACUACCAAAUGUACCGGAAAUGAUUUAAAAAUGAUCAUCCGCCUUAUAGUACAUGAUCUAAGAAUUAAUUGUGGCCCAAAAUUUAUACUUGGUGCUAUUCAUCCAAAUGCUUAUGAAUCUUACCAGACAACCCAUAAUUUGGAAAAGGUUGUGAAAAAUAUUUGUUUGUAUAAAAAUGCUAAUGUUUCUGCGUCGGAAGUGGUGGUUAAAUCCGUCGGACUGGUAAAUCUAUCGCUUUUGAUUCCAAUCCUACCCAUGCUAGCUGAACCGUGCAAAUGUCUAAGUGAUGUGUUUAAAAAGUGUCCUUCAGGUAUUUAUUCAGAAAUUAAAUAUGACGGUGAACGUGUACAACUACAUAAGAGUGAAAAAGAAUACAAAUUUUUUUCUCGGAGUCUUAAGCCUGUUUUAGACCACAAGGUAAGAAUGUUCAAAGAAUAUAUACCAAAAGCUUUUCAACACGGUCGAGAUAUGAUACUGGAUUGUGAAGUGUUGAUGUUUGACGUUAAUACAAACAAACCGCUUCCUUUUGGUACUUUAGGUAUUCAUAAGAAAAGUCAAUUUAAAGAUGCUAAUCCCUGUUUAUUUGUUUUCGAUUGCAUGUAUUACAAUGGCACAUCGCUCUUAGACAAAUCAAUUGUUGAACGUAGGAAAGUACUAGAGCAAAAUAUGAUAGAAAUUAAAGGCCAUAUUAUGUUUUCAGAAGUAAAAGAGUUGCAUAGAGUUAAGGAGUUAGAAGCCAUGGUGGAAAAUGUAUUAAAACAAGGUUUUGAAGGAUUAGUAUUAAAAGAUUUAACUGGUGUUUACGAACCUGGUAAAAGACAUUGGCAAAAAGUAAAAAAAGACUAUUUGUUUGGAGGUACAAUGGCAGAUAGUGCUGAUCUUGUAGUUCUAGGUGCUUGGUUUGGAACUGGCAACAAAGGUGGUAUGAUGUCAAUAUUUUUAAUGGGUUGCUAUGAUGCUAAGAAAGACGUUUGGUGUACAGUUACUAAAGUUCAUGGAGGACACGAUGAUAAAACAUUAGAAAAAUUACAAAGCGAGUUAAAAAUGGUAAAAAUUAGUAAAGAUGCCACUAAAAUACCUGCUUGGUUAAAGUGUACAAAAACAAUGAUACCAGAUUUUAUUGCAGAAGAUCCAAAGGAAAUGCCUGUUUGGGAAAUUUCUGGAGCUGAGUUUUCUCAAGCAGACAUUCACACUGCAAAUGGUAUAUCCAUAAGGUUUCCACGAGUAACGAAAAUUAGGGAUGACAAACAUUGGGAAAGCGCUACUUCUUUAUCAGAAUUACAGAAUUUAUUUAACUUAUCAAAGAAAACAGAGAAUUUAAAUAUUUUUUCCAAAAAUUGUUCUGGAGACUCGCAUAGUUCACCAUCAAAAGAUUCAGACUCUGAUAAUAGUUCGUUGACACCAUCACCAAAAAUACGAAAGAAAACAAAGAGAACUCUAGAUUCGUACAUACAAGGAACUUCAAGUUCAAAAAAUACUGAUGAACCUAAUAAAAAAAAAAUUAAACUAACUGAAAAUGGUCCGAAAAAGCCCUUACCUGACUUGUUUACUGGAAUUCAUUUGGUUGUUCCAAAUUCACCAAUAAAAAACAAGUUUUUACGUUAUUUUAUUGCCUACGGAGGAACAGUUUUAGAUUCUAAUGAUGCGACUGAAGCAACUCACAUCAUAAUUGAUAAUGAAUCCUGGUCAAAAAAUAUGCAUAAUAUACAUCAAAAUAAAAUUGCUGUAACCGCUCAAUGGUUUUGGGAUAGUAUUAGAAAUGGAACAUUACUUUCGACUGAAAAAUAUUUGUUAAAAAAUUUAACGUGACAUAUAUAAUUAGUGAAUGAAUUAUACUAUAGUUAAAAUUAUAUUUAUAAUUAAUUGUAAUAAAUCCAACUGUAUUUGUUAUCUGCAUUUGAUUUUUUCUACCACUUUUAUAGCAUUUAUGGUUCCAAUAUACCAAGAGUUGCUACUUCUUUUGAAAUGUAAUUAGAUAGUUUGUA